CUGCCAGACUAAAAAAAAUCCCCUCUUCUAUCCCUGCCCGCCCCGCGCCGCCGCGACCUGCUCCGCCCCGUGCCGCUAUGACCUACUUCUCCCCGCGCCGCCACGCUCCGCUGCGCCCCAGCCCGCCCCGCUCCGCUGCACCCUGGCCCGCCCCCUCCGUCGUGCCCCUUCUUCCCCUGUACUGGAUCGGUGACAUUCGCGACGAGCGUGGUGGCCAUGGCCACGCCGGCCGAGGUGACGGAGUCGUGCUUCCCGUGGUGACCGCAUCCGCGACGCCCUUAGCUCUGCUGACUGGGUCGCCCUUUGGAUGUGGAGACGGUGCCGCCCCCGCUGAUUGGACGAGCAUUCGGUCUGCUCUGUUGUACGCAGCUGCUUCUGUCCAAAAGCAUCCGAAGGAAGCAGUAGGUGGUGCACUAUUCAGUACAUGUGGACGUUGUUCAGUAUCUUCUCCAGCAGAAACCAUCAAGUGUCGGGUGUUGUUUGCUUGAAGAAAAGUUCCCUGCUCGUGGCAUCGAAUCAACAGAGAAGAAAGGCAUUGCUAAAUCAAGAUGACAAUUGGAAGAAAAGCAUCUCGACUUGCUGUAGCGAUCAAACCAGCGUCUGCUGCUCGAAACACUACUGCUGCUGAUGGCACUUAUGAUGGGUACAUAAGAGGAGUUUCAGAUCUUCCUCCUGCUAUUCCAAAUAAUGAAGAUCGUCCAAUCAUUCGACCUAUUAGCAAGACAUAAGUCUUAUUAUUUAGUAUAAGUACUUUCUUGUUCUGCAAUAUGUUUUCCUUUUCUAAUACUUGUUUGUUGUAUUUACAACUUCCUUCUGUGUAGGCAUUGGAAGGACAUUCCUGUUGUUCGAAAGGGCAGAAGACCAUCAAGUGUAUUGACAUGCCUUCUGAAAAGUAACCAUCCCGGUAUUCUGGAUUAUGAUGGUGUGAAGGUGGUUGCAACAGAGUGGGAGCAUUAUCAUGCGGUGAAGGACACGAAUGGUCAUUCUAUUGCAGACAAAAUUGAAGAUGCUUUUUGGCUAAGGUACAAGUAUGAAGAUGCAUACUCAGAGAAGGCAAAGCAACAUGUUCGAAGAUGUUGCAAGGCACUUUUGCCAAGUAUAUUUUACUAUGCAAGAAUCCAAGCCAUAAUUGAUCAUUUUCGAAAAACUGAGAACACUAACAUGAAUGGCAAGCUUGCUGGGCAAUACUAUUUGGAUAGAGCUCAGUAUUUGGUGCAAAGGCAAGGUUGGUUAGGAAAAGAAGCUUGGGUUGUUGUAGUUGAUGAGUGGUGCAGUGAAGAGUGGAUUGCAAAAUCAAAGAGAUACCGUGCCAAUCAUUGCAGCUCAAAGUUCAAGCCUCACAAGGGUGGUUCCAACUCGAUGACUACUAUAAGUCAAAAAAUGUCCGAACAAACCGGCGAAGAUGUUAACCAGAUUCAGGCUUGGGUGCAUACACAUAGAGGAUUGGACAAGAGAAAACCUUUAAUUCUCAACACACCAGAAGCAACUAAAUGUUUGGCACUUUAUACAGAAAAGGCUAAAGAGUUAGAUGGAGAGGACUAUGAUAUCCUGAAAAAUGAUGUUAGUUCUAAGGCACUUUAUGAUUGCUCUAAUGGGAAGCCACAUGGUACAUGGUCUCUCUUUAAUGGCAUUGUCAAUGACAUCGAGGUCAUUUUUGAGGUGAGAGCUACUGGUACAUCUUCAGGAGCCUUGAAGCGUCGUCGAGCUGAAGAAAUUGAAGAUGUGCGUCAAAAGGAGUCCGAGAAGACUCGAAAAGCAGAGGCUUAUGCCAACAAUGUCUUGUCAUGGGGUGUUGGGAUGUACAAGCACUGCAAUGAGAUACAAAAGUUUCUUCAGACUUUGGCAACUAAGCAAGGAGUGCCUAUUGGAGAAAUACCACUGCCGCCGGUUCCACCUCCUUUUCGUUCGCUUUCUCCUGGAUCUCCGCAACGAUCUACCAUCCAAAUUCUAGAAAAUAGCGAAGAAUCGCCAGCUUUGUGUGCUCAACAAGAAACAAAUCCUUGCUCUAUUAAUGAACAUGUUACUGCUCCAAGUGUUCCUGCUGUAGACGAUGAAGGGAUGUUUGGGGGAUUUUUCAGGGAAACUCUAGUUGACCUACAUCAGUGUGUACGUGCUAAUUGA